UCCCCGGAACUCAUCCCUCCCGGCCAUUGAGAUGCUCUUGCUUCGACUCAAACCCUCGCCUCUCUAUUAUUCCCACCGCCCUGUGCCAAGCCCUGUCCUUUUUUCCACCCCUCAUUUCCGGUGCCUAGGAUCCCUGCCGCUCUAGGAUCCUAAAAAUUCUGUCUAAUGUUGCCGGAGGAACACAAUUUCGCUGCACCCUUAAGCGUGCUAUCCCCCUGCCUCUUUCCUUAGCAUCAGCCAGUAGAAACGAAGAUCUUCAGUGGGUGGGCGGUACGUCUUCUAAGGGACCCAAUGGUAACUGAGAAUCGUUGAGCACUUUACCAGUCUUGCCGCAGAGUGGGUGGGGCCUCCUGCCCCGACUUGCAGACUCCCCAGGACCCGCAGGCGGGUCGUUGGUUGUGAAUCCAUGUGGCGGGGGCUGUGGACCCUGGUAGCCCGGGCGGCACGUGGGCCUCGCAGUCCCAGACCGUGCACGCGCCAGGGCAGUGGUGCCCCGGCCCCCGGUUCCGGAGCUACUAUCUUCGCGCUGAGCUCCGGCCAUGGCCGCUGCGGUAUCGCUGUGAUCCGAACCAGCGGCCCCGCCAGCGGCUACGCCCUCCGGAGCCUCACGGGGCCCCGGGACUUACCGCCGGCCCGCAAAGCCUGCCUGCGUCUGCUCAGCGACCCCAGCUCUGGGGAGCCUUUGGACCGUGCGCUGGUGCUUUGGUUCCCAGGUCCCCAAAGUUUCACGGGGGAAGAUUGCGCUGAGUUCCACGUGCAUGGAGGCCCGGCCGUGGUGAGUGGUGUCCUGCAGGCCCUGGGCAGUGUGCCAGGGCUGCGGCCGGCGGAGGCAGGCGAGUUCACCAGGAGGGCGUUCGCCCACGGGAAGCUGAGCCUGACCGAGGUGGAGGGGCUGGCAGAUCUGAUCCAUGCGGAAACCGAGGCGCAGCGGCGACAGGCCCUGAGGCAGCUAGAUGGAGAGCUGGGCCACCUCUGCCGCGGCUGGGCCGAGACCCUCACUAAGGCUCUGGCCCACGUGGAGGCCUAUAUCGAUUUUGGUGAGGACGACAACCUAGAGGAGGGGGUCCUGGAUCAAGGUGGGUCUGCCUGGGGGGUGGGAGGUGGGGACAUCUGGCAUCUCAGCCUCCAGAGGCCCCCUUACUCCCUCUCCUUUCCUCCAUCCACAGCUGACAGUGAAGUGCGGGAGCUGGAGGUGGCACUGGGCGCACAUCUCCGAGAUGCCAGGCGCGGGCAGAGGCUCCGCUCAGGGGCGCACGUAGUGGUUGCAGGACCUCCCAACGCCGGGAAGAGCAGCCUGGUGAACCUGCUCAGCCGGAAGCCUGUGUCCAUCGUGUCCCCAGAGCCGGGGACCACCCGAGAUGUGCUGGAGACCCCCGUGGACCUGGCCGGGUUCCCGGCGCUGCUGAGCGACACGGCGGGUUUGAGGGAGGGCGUGGGGCCUGUGGAGCAGGAGGGCGUGCGGCGCGCCCAAAAAAGGCUGGAGCAGGCUGACCUCAUUCUGGCCGUGCUGGAUGCUUCUGACCUGGCCUCUCUGUCCAGCUGCAACUUCCUGGACACCGUCGUCAUCCCCGCGGGAGCCGGAGGCCCCAAGGACAGCUGCCAGCGCCUUCUGCUGGUGCUGAAUAAGUCGGACCUGCUGCCCGCUGGGGGCCCAGACCCCAAUCCUGACCUGCCCCCCCACCUGUUACUGUCCUGCCUGACUGGUGAGGGGCUGGACGGCCUCCUGGAAGCGCUGAGGAAGGAGCUGGCUGCACUGUGUGGGGACCCAUCCACGGGCCCACCGCUUCUGACACGGGCGAGGCACCAGCAUCACCUCCAGGGCUGCCUGGAUGCCCUUGGCCACUACAAGCAAGCCAAAGACUUAGCCCUGGCGGCAGAGGCACUUCGGGUCGCCCGAGGGCACCUGACCCGCCUCACCGGGGGAGGGGGCACCGAGGAGAUCUUGGAUAUCAUCUUCCGAGACUUCUGCGUGGGCAAGUAAGGGGGGCAGCCGAAGUGCAGACCCAGGCUGGUUGGAUGCCCAGAAGCCUUGAGGCGUCUGGGAACAGCUUAGGGCAUGUGGGAGUCUCAUCCCCUCCAGGAAGAACUUGACCCCAAACGAUGAAGCCUCUGUUGCUGGUAGUGACCAAGCUGCAGCUGGCCAGAUGGCCUAGCAGGGACUUGCUGGGGGUUUGGGCCGUGGAGCGGGGCUGAACGGAGGUCCCUUUGGGUACCUGAUGCUGGGGGACGAGGAGUGGAGGAUUGGGAUGGAGGUUGGAGUGUCUCAGGGGUCUUUGUUUCAUACUUUUUAAUUUAUUUUGCAAAUACCAAAGGAAUGUAAAAAGCUCAGGCGAUCCAGUAACGUCUAAACACCCCCUCCCAGGGGCCACGGCUUAACUUAUAUCCUUCCAGAACUUUCUCUGCAUAUUUGCAUACUUGUGAAUGCACCUAUAAAGUAUAUUUUGUCUUGUA